GUUAGUCAUCAGUACGAAAGCAGUGAAAUAAGUUGGUACUGCACGGCGCGGGUUAUAAAGCACCAUGUCAGGACUGAAAUGGAAACUUGCGAUCCUUAUGAUAGUUUGCAUAUUUACAGGCAGUAUUGUAUUUUAUUUCCUGGGAGUUAGAAGCAAACACUCCAUCGACCUCAGAGGUGGAAAUCGACGUAUUUCUUACGAAGGGGAUUCUACCAUUAAGGCGUCUAAGCCGGGAUGCUUAAUCGGAGACUUGAAGAACUCCUUAGUAUAUUGGUCUGGUCGAAAUGUUGAUACGGAAUUACGUCUAACAACCGGAAAUUGGUCAUCUUCGAACUCCUAUCUACAGACGUCAUGUACGCCCAACAAACACAUCGUCUUCGUGAAAAUACCAAAAACUGGUUCGACCACCGUUGCCAGCGUUUUUCUUCGCUAUGGUUUUCGUAAUGAUUUGAAAGUUGUCCUCCCUGCUACCCAGAACACACUCCUUAGACUGAAGCAAUCGGAAUAUGACAUCAUGAGGGAUGAAUAUGACAAAAAUCCUCACUAUGAUAUAAUGACACACCAUAGUAAAUACGACCGAAAGGCAGUGGAGAAACUGAUGCCUUUGGAUUCAGUCUAUGUUGUUAUGCUGAGAGAACCAGUAAGUCGUUUCAAGUCUGCUUUCAAUUACUUCCGCGUCAGUAAAAAGUUUGGUAUUCAGGGCAAAAAUCAGUUAAAAACAUAUCUCAGCACCCCUAAAUUUUAUAACUCCAAACAAUCUGGGUUGUUAUUCAACGCAAUGAUUAAUUAUUUGGGAUAUUCUACUGCGACAACUUCAGUGCAAAACUUCAUCAACGAGAUAGAUCGGGAUUUUGAUUAUGUUUUGAUAAUGGAAUACACGGACGAGGGGUUGGUGAUGCUGAAACGCAGGUUUUGCUGGGAUAUUGGAGAUGUCAUAUACCUCAAAAUACACGAAGUCAAGCGCAAAAACUACCAAGAACUGAUAAAAGGAAACACAGACCCGGAAAUACCCGAAAAGCUGCGUAAAUUCAGUGAAGAAGAUUUCUUGCUGUAUGACUAUUUCAGGAGAAAAUUUGAAAACAUACUUCACAAGCAGAAUGCGGAUUUCUUUGAAGAAGUUCAAUUUUUGAGAGAAGUUAACAGAAAAAUUGCAGCCUUUUGUAGCUCCAAGUCUGACACAACUUUAGACAUUGUGCCAUGUCGCUGGACCCGUGGGUUUACAAUUCACAAACCGUACUGCAAAUUGAUGAUGAUUGCAAACAGGCCAUUUUCGGUUUUAUUGAAGAGUAGUUAUUUCAAAGGUAUCUUUAAUGACAUUAUACUUCCUAAAGUAUGAUUUAUAUGGGACUACUAACAUUAUAUUAAAAAAAGAAACAAAGGGGAAACUGCUCCAUUUGAACAACUUUCCGUGUUUGGAUACAUUUCCCUUAAUGCUAAUACCUUACAUAUUACGUUGUGUAAUUGUUUAGAUUGUUUAACAUGUGUAAUUGUUUAUAUUGUUUAACUAACAUCAUAUCAUAGACUCAAAAUUGCAUUGUUUAUUAUUUUAUUUUUGCAAAAUUCAAGUUUUGUUUUAAACAAAGUAUUUAAUUCCAUGUCCUCAAGGAGGGCCUUGUGGGAGAUAGGUGCCGCCUAACAUCGUUCGACCCUCUAAAAUUAAACAUUUUGUCAUUCAAUCUACCAAACUAUCGUGCAGUAUCUCAUCUGUCAUAGAUAACUGACAUAUUUAUCUUCCAGGAUUGUUUGAACUCGAUAUGCCAUAGUAUUGGGUAUCUGUUGCCUUACGAUUCUACCUAUCUCUCAUUUGUUCUUUUUUAAAUGGUCCAGUUUAAAUGAUAGCAUCAGAAAAUGUCAAAGUCCGACUCAUUUUAUGCUAAAUUCCACCCUUUAUAUUUUCUACGUGUUCAGAUACUAGGAUGCUUUCAUACUGUGGUAUAUGGCAUAUGUAUGGCCUAACUGUGGAAGCCCGUGUCAUAUUAUUCAUAUAAGCUUGCCACAGAAAGAGUUGUUCCUGGAAGUUACGAGCUUGCAUUGCUAAACACUGUAACGAUAACGGAGGUAUAUAUAUAGAAAACAAUUUAUAGACGUCUCAAAGAAAAUCGAAGUAUUAUCUUUGCUUUAGUUUCGUGUGUAGGGCGUGAAUCAAUAA